UCUCUCAUAGUUCAUGUAACCCCACCUCUUAUCCACAUCCAUACAUUCUUCCUCGCCAACCUCAUAUUUCUGUGCAAAUUCACCAUAUGUUAUACAAUUUUAUAUAGCAUUCUACUCCAAAACCGGUAGAUUAAUGGAGGAGUCAGGAGAAAAUUGGCCUUCUGAUCAUUCUGAUUUGGUAAAAGAAGUGGAUGAUGAUGACAACGAUUUGUGUUCUGAUGAUGAGGAAUUUGGUGGUGAUGAUGAGGGUCAUUUAUUUUCUGAUACCGUAGAUCCCGUCAUGGACGAGUCUAAAAGCAAGCGUGAACUGUCAAAGAAUUUGCUUGCACUUUCAGCCACCAUACCUGGCUUCAAAAAGAUGGACAACACUUCGAUACUGGACAAAGCUAGCAACUAUGUGAAACAACUUCAAGAACGUGUGAGAGAGUUAGAGCAAGAAGUUGAAUCCAAUAAAGGCACAACAUCAUGCGAAGUGAAUUCUAGUGACUACUACUAUGGAUCCAAUGAAAUUCUUCCCGAAAUCAAAGUAAGAGUCUUACAAAAGGACGUACUCAUCAUAAUCCAUUGUGAGAAACAAAAGGGCAUCAUGCUCAAAAUAUUGUCCCAUCUUGAAAAUCUUAAUCUCUCUGUAGUAAACAGCAGCGUCUUGCGAUUCGGGAAAUCCACUCUCGACAUCACCAUUAUUGCUCAGAUGGGUGAUGGAUACAACAUGACAGUGGAUGAACUGGUGAAAACGCUGAGAGUAGCGAUCUUGACACAGUAGCUUGUGCAAGUGUACGUACGAAACAAGUGCAGUACUAAUUGUAAUUCUGUUUUCAAGAGGGUCAUAAUUCUGGUUGUGGUUUCUCAUCACUGUACGAGGAGACCCCAUUUACUUUGCAACAAUUCAUUUUUCUCUUUCUUUUCCUGUAUUAU